AUAACCUCCUUUCCUGUUUCUCUUUGUUGUCAGAACUCAAACGUGCUUGUUCUCUCUUGAGCUAAGGCCUACGGCAACUUGCACGUUCAAAACUAAAAAUGGUGUCAAAAGCUGAAUUAGCAUGUGUUUACUCUGCUCUCAUCCUGGUUGAUGAUGAUGUUGCCGUAACUGGUGAGAAAAUUUCCACCAUCUUGAAAGCGGCGGCUGUAGAUGUAGAGCCAUAUUGGCCAGGUCUGUUCGCCAAGGCCUUGGAAGGCAUCAAUGUCCGUGACCUGAUCACCAACAUCGGCUCUGGAGUGGGCGCUGCUCCGGCCGCUGGUGGAGCGCCAGCCGCUGCUGCUGCAGCCGGCGCUCCGGCCGAGGAGAAGAAGGAAGAAAAGAAAGAGGAGGAACCCGAGGAGUCCGACGAUGACAUGGGCUUCGGUCUCUUUGACUAAGAAGCUUUAUGAAGAAAUAAAAAUAUUCCAUUUUGUCUAUUGUAAAGCUUUUAUGUUAUAAGAAACUGACUUUAUUAAAAUAAGUUAAAUAAAACCAUUGUCUUUU